AUGCUGCUUAAGCUCCUGCAGAGGCAGACCUACACCUGCCUGUCGCACAGAUAUGGCCUUUACCUGUGCUUCGGAGGCGUCGUCCUCAUGAUCGUCUCCGCCUUCCAGUUUGGAGAGGUUGUUCUGGAAUGGAGUCGGGACCAAUAUCAUGUUCUAUUUGAUUCAUAUAGAGACAACAUUGCUGGAAAGUCUUUUCAGAACAGGCUAUGCUUGCCUAUGCCCAUUGAUGUGGUCUACACCUGGGUGAAUGGCACUGAUGUUGAACUGCUUAAAGAGCUUCGGCAGGUCAGAGAACAGAUGGAGGAAGAACAGAAGGCAAUGAGAGAAAUCCUUGGAAAGAACUCCACAGAACCAACAAAGAAAAGCGAAAAGCAAUUAGAAUGUUUGCUAACACACUGCAUUAAAGUGCCCAUGCUCAUACUAGAUCCUGCUCUUCCUGUCAACAUCAGUCUCAAGGAGUUGCCGUCCAUUUAUCCUUCUUUGCGUUCUGCUAGUGACACAUUCUAUGUCGCAAAACCCAAAAACCCUUCAACUAAUGUUUCUGUCGUCGUUUUUGACAGUCAGAAGGAAGUCGAAGAUGCCCAGGCUGGAAUGUUAAAAGCAGUCAGCAAACAGACUGUGUGGAGGGGCUAUUUGACAACAGACAAAGAAGUACCUGGCCUAGUGCUGAUGCGUGACUUGGCUUUCCUGAGUGGAUUUCCACCAACAUUCAAGGAAACAAGUCAGCUGAGAGUGAAGCUCCCAGAAAACCUGUCCUCCAAAAUAACAUUGUUGCAGUUGUAUUCGGAAGCCAGUGUUGCUCUUCUGAAAUUGAAUAAUCCAAGGGGUUUCCAGGAAUUGAAUAAGCAAGCUAAGAAGAACAUGACCAUUGACGGAAAAGAGCUGACUCUCAGUCCUGCCUAUUUGUUAUGGGAUCUCAGCGCCAUCAGUCAAUCUAAACAGGAUGAAGAUAUUUCUGCCAGCCGUUUUGAAGAUAAUGAAGAGCUGAGAUAUUCUUUGAGGUCCAUAGAGAAGCACGCCCCAUGGGUGAGAAAUAUCUUUAUCGUAACCAAUGGGCAGAUCCCUUCCUGGCUGAAUCUUGACAACCCUCGGAUAACCAUAGUAACUCAUCAGGAGGUAUUUCAGAAUUUGAGUCAUUUGCCUACUUUUAGCUCCCCUGCUAUUGAAAGUCAUAUUCAUCGUAUUGAAGGGCUGUCCCAGAAGUUUAUUUACUUAAAUGACGAUGUGAUGUUUGGGAAGGACGUCUGGCCAGAUGAUUUUUACAGUCACUCCAAAGGUCAGAAGGUUUACUUGACCUGGCCGGUUCCCAACUGUGCUGAGGGCUGCCCUGGCUCCUGGAUUAAAGAUGGCUACUGUGAUAAGGCUUGUAAUAAUUCAGCAUGUGAUUGGGAUGGAGGAGAUUGCAUUGGUAACAAUGGCAACAGUCGAUAUGCUGGUGGAGGAGGUGGCCAUGGUGUGGGGGUGGUUGGACAGCCCUGGCACUUUGGUGGUGGAAUAAGCGGUAUCUCUUACUGUAACCAGGGAUGUGCCAAUUCUUGGCUUGCUGAUAAGUUCUGUGAUCAGGCAUGCAAUGUGCUGUCUUGUGGGUUUGAUGCUGGUGACUGUGGGCAAGAUCAUUUUGGUGAAUUAUACAAGGUGACUCUCAUCCCUAACCAGACUCACUACAUUAUCCCCAAGGGAGAAUGCCUCCCCUAUUUCAGUUUUGCUGAGAUAGCCAAAAGAGGAAUUGAGGGCGCCUACAGUGACAAUCCAAUCAUCCGCCAUGCCUCAGUUGCCAACAAGUGGAAGACAAUCCACCUCAUCCUGCACAGUGGAAUGAAUGCCACCAUUAUACAUUUCAACCUCACAUUUCAAAACAAAGACAACAAAGAGUUUAAAAUGCAGAUCACAGUAGAAGUGGAUACUAGGGAGGAGCCGAAGCCCAAUAUCACUACGCAGAAUCCUCACACAAGUCUGGCUAGCCCCACCACAGCUCUGCCAGAGGCUGAAAUCCUAUUUGAAGAUAUUCCAGAAGAAAAACGCUUCCCAAAGUACAAGAAACAUGCAGACGGAUUUCAGGAAACUAUAAAAAUACCCCUUGUAAAUAUCUCAGAACUUUCAAACGAAGUCCAACUGAGUCUGAAGACCCUAGAUUUAAAGUUAGAGAGUGGGGACAUCACUCUGAAAGGAUAUAAUCUGUCCAAGUCUGCUUUGCUGAGACCAUUUCUGAAAGAUUCACAAAUCAUUGAAAUAAAACCUAACCAAAUUAUAAAAAGAGAAAAAGAUGGCAGUCUACAAGACCCAGUGAAAAGAGAGUAUCACACUGACCUCUCCAAAGAAAAUUUAGAAAAUGCUGAUGGCCCAAAGAGAAUGGCUUCUCCUUCAGAAUCCACAUAUGUCCAUGGGGCUGGCAGGUCAUUUGAGGUGGGCAGCAAAUAUCAGGAGCAUAUGUUACCUCGAGAUUGGACAAAAGCUACAUUUGUUUCUACAACUCAGAAAGUUGGAGACAAUGUUGGCUUUAGAGGAAUAACCAUUAUUCCACCAGAAGACCGAAUGGCUCAGGAAAAGGAGUCAAAAGGGAAUGCACAGGAGAACAGAGGACAAGGGCUGAACGAAGGGCAAACUGCCGAUGAUGAUCUGGGCAAUGGUGGAGUAGGGCCUGGAAGAAAACUUCAACAAUAUGCUGGGAGCUAUCCAGGGUUCUUGCCUUGGGAAAAAAGGAAGUAUUUCCAAGAUCUUCUCGAGGAAGAAGAAUCAUUAAAGAAACAGUUGUUAUACUUCACAGAGAGCAAAUCUGUUGGAAGACAACUAAAAGAUACAUUUGCUGAUUCUCUCCGAUAUGUCAAUAAAAUCCUGAAUAGCAAAUUUGGAUUCACUUCUCGGAAGGUCCCUGCCCACAUGCCUCAUAUGAUUGAUCGCAUUGUUAUGCAAGAACUACAGGAUAUGUUUCCUGAAGAAUUUGACAAGACUUCUGUUCACAAAGUGCGCCACUCUGAAGACAUGCAGUUUGCCUUCUCUUAUUUCUACUAUCUCAUGAGUGCACUGCAGCCACUGAACAUCGCUCAGGUUUUUGAUGAAGUCGAUACCGACCAUUCUGGCAUCUUGUCGGACAGGGAGAUUCGGACAUUAGCCACAAGGAUUCAUGACCUGCCUUUAAGCUUACAGGAUUUGACAGGUCUUGAGCACAUGUUGAUAAAUUGUUCUAAAAUGCUCCCUACUAACGUCACUCAGAUAAACAACAUCCCUCCAACCCAGGAAGCCUACUACGACCCCAACCUGCCACCCGUGACUAAAAGUCUAGUAACCAACUGUAAGCCAGUAACUGAUAGGAUCCAUAAAGCAUAUAAAGACAAAAACAAGUAUAGGUUUGAAAUCAUGGGAGAAGAAGAAAUUGCUUUUAAAAUGAUUCGCACCAAUGUUUCUCAUGUGGUUGGCCAAUUAGAUGACAUAAGAAAAAAUCCCAGAAAAUUUGUUUGCCUGAAUGACAAUAUUGAUCACAAUCAUAAAGAUGCACAGACAGUAAAAGCAGUGCUAAGAGAUUUUUAUGAGUCCAUGUUUCCCCAACCGUCCCAGUUUGAGCUGCCACGGGAAUAUCGGAACCGUUUCCUUCAUAUGCAUGAGCUCCAGGAAUGGAGAGCAUAUAGAGAUAAAUUAAAAUUUUGGACCCAUUGUGUACUUGUAACAUUGAUCAUGUUUACUAUAUUCUCAUUUUUCGCUGAGCAGCUAAUUGCACUCAAGCGGAAGAUUUUUCCCAGAAGGAGGAUCCAUAAGGAAGUUGGUACUGAACGGAUUGGGGUAUAGGAAAUUAAAAGAGCUUACCUCCACGUUUACGAGAUGACUACCGUAUCUUUCUGACGUGAUGCCUCAGGAUCCAAGGCCUAAAGAAAUAAAGAGAAACAUCCCAUAAAGAUGGCAAGAGAUGCAACACCCAGACCAGCUGAGCUGUUUAAUAGAUAUAUCAAAAAAUAACAGGUGUGUUGGGCAGUCCUCAACUGGAUUUCUACUUUGGAAGCAUUAGCUCAUGGACAUGUUAUCCUUUUUAUAAAAAGGGUUCCUGAAAGAGAUACAGCUGCCUUUAUUGCAGUGGACGUUGCCAAGUAAAUUUAAUAUCCAGAUCCUAGGCCGACGUGGGAAGUUACCGAAGAAGCCUCAGAUUUUGCAUUCCAAAACAUUCUGCUGUGAUCUUGCUGGGAUGCUUUUUUCAUUUUCUGUUUUUAAAUAGGUAACAACUAAGUUAACUCUUUAGCUAUGUUUUUAUCCAACCUGUGAUACUGAAACUUAUUGAUGAAUGUACAUAAACACAGCCUCAUAUUGGCAGGAUCAAAAAAUUCUGGAUUUGAAGAAUGUUAGUGGGAUUUGGCUACAGAAGAUCUCAGCAACUGACAUCUGAAAUAUUUUGGAUUGGGUUUACUGGACUCCUUAAGAAUACAGGGAUUAUGUUUGGAAGCCUAAGCACAAAGGGCUAGUGGGAAGUAGCAACAGCUACUGGCCAAUAUAUUAUACUCAUGUUUUGGAAAUGUAAAAUACAAACAAAAGUGCCUCAUUGUAGAAAUUAGCAAUCACUGUUAUGUUGAUGGUUCCUUUAAUAUGAUAGCAUGUGGCAUCAAGUUCCACAUAAUGAGAGAUUCUUUUUAAGUCUGAGCAGGCUCUAACACUGUGUCAUAUUUUGUUAUGACAUUAUUAAGACUAUGGAAAACUUGGGGAGGAAAGGCAAUCUUUUCAAGUUGAUGUUAUGGUUUUGACAUGUACUUUAAAUCACAGUCACAGCAGUAUUCUUUCAAAAAUCCCAAGAAUCAUUUUGUAAUAGUUGUAAACUGGAAUCUGGAAUGUACAUAAUGGUUUUGUGCUGUCACUGUGUGGUUAAAAAGACUCACUGAAAAAAGUCA